AUGCUCCGUCCGACCUUUUUGUCGUCUUCAUCGCUCUCUUUUGCAUCUUCUACUCUUCCCUCCAUUGCCCCCAGAACGCGGACGAGAUCCCUUCCCUCGCCAUCACUCCUCCAGCGCCGCGCAGCCCCGUCUCCGUGUCAACCGUCUCUCUCCUCAACGCGAUAUCGUUACAAUCGCUUCUAUUCAACUGGUCAGUCUCCCCCAGACCACCGCACCGCAGUGUCAGGAUGCACUCUGCUGCAUUUUGAACGAUUCGUGGUCCCAUCAUCUCACGCAUUUGCUGUCGCAGAAUCGAUUUCUCCCGCUCAUUCGCAGACUCCCCCUCCACCACCUCCGCCCCGAUCGCGCUUCCGCCGCUUUUUGGGCUUCACCUCGAUCGCCGUCUUUGCCUUUUCUGUCGGUCUUCUCUACCAGACCCAGCGCACCGUCUCCCGACUCAUGGCAUCCCCGAUGAUCUCCAACGCCGAAAGCGUGGCAGCCUUUGUGCCCGUGGACGCGCAUGCCGAGGAAGUGGACGAGUACCUCCGCACACAUCCCGAGGCGGCCAAGCUGCGCGCCGAUCCUGAGUUCGAGGAAUCGCGGCCUCAUCUGCGCUAUCCCGAAGCCAUUCGCGCACGCAGCUUGACCGCAGGGACGCUGGCCGGCCCCAAUAAGCUCGUUGUGCCCCCUAUUGUCUUUUCUCAUCGCGAGGGCAAGAGCUUGUCCUCGUUCAUGUACCUGGGGUCUGAUAUCUGCGGACACCCUGGUAUCAUCCACGGGGGUAUGCUAGCGACGCUGUUGGACGAGGGUUUGGCGCGAUGCUGUUUCCCUGCGCUGCCCAACAAGGUCGGUGUGACGGCGAACCUCAACGUUGAUUAUCGGGCGCCUGCCAUGGCGGACUCUUACGUGGUGCUACGUGCGGAAACCACCAAGGUGGAGGGUCGCAAGGCUUGGGUCGAGGGUCGCAUCGAGACUCUUCCUCGGGAUGGCAAGGCGCCCGUCGUGUUGGUGGAGGCCAAGGCGCUUUUCAUUGAGCCUAAACAAGCGGCUGUAAGUUUCGUUCCCUCGCCCUCUCCUCCUCCUUCUGUCAUUUGA